AUGGCAGGUCGUCAAACGGUUCAUCAGGAAUCCACCGCCGGUUUCACCAGUGCGAACUCACCCAUUACCCUUCCUGCCAUCAAUAAUGACAAGUCUUGGAAAAUCCCGUCCUACAUUUUUGCCGUUAUCACCAACUCGUGCCAAUUUCACGGUCGUGAUGACGAGGAUGCCCCAGCUCACAUCAGCCGCCUCACCCGCCUCUGCAGCACCUUUUCCAUUGAAGGUGCCAACCUUGAUGCUCGUUUCCUUCAGGUCUUCCCAUUCUCACUCGCAGGCCGCGCAACCACCUGGCUUGAUUCACAACCCGCGGGUACGUUUACCACAUGGGCCACCUUUCGAGAUGCUUUCCUUGCCAAAUACUUCCCACCCGCUAAAGCAUCUCGUCUUCGUGAUCAGAUCCAUUCAUUCCGGAUGGAGCCUGAUGAGCCCUACCACUUAGCCUGGGAAAGAUUCCAAACCCUACUCUCUCGUUGCACUCAACAUGGGUUAUUUGAUUGGGCACUUGUAGAGAAAUUCUACAACGGUCUCACUCUAGAGACUCGAGCCCGUUUUGACACUUCAGCAGGAGGCCACCUCCUAGGUAAGAAAACAGUGGCCGAAUGCAAUGACCUUUUUGAGAGUUUCGCCAAUUCCGACAUCGAUCACUGCACCAUCGGCAGGACUUCCAUUCUUGUGACUAGUACUCCCUCGGCCGGUCGAGGAGUACACCAAGUUAGCUUGGAUACAUCGAUGGUCGCGGCAAUGGAAAACCUUGAGAGAAAGCUUACUAGUAGGAUUAGCAAUUUAGAGGCGAGGAUAGAUAGGUGUGAAGUGUGUAGAGGGGGUCACGAUGCUAUAGAUUGUCCCACACUCACUGUUGAGCAGGUAGAGUUUGUUGCCGGUCAGUCUAGGGGUCCAUAUAAUAAUAACUCUAAUUUUAACUCCAACUGGCAUGGUAGUGGUAAUAGUAGUGGUUACCGCCCUUCUGGCAAUCCCCCUGGUUUUUCAUCUGGUCAAUAUCAAAAUAGGGGGCCCGGUCUAUAUACUAGUAAUAGUUCCGGGCAGGGAGGUCAAUUCACUAGUGGGGGUUCGAACCAAGAGGGUCAAGGUAGUGGUAAGGUUUUAGAGGGUAGUUUGAGUAGGAUGGAAGAGAUGUUCGCUCAGAUGAUGGCGCACAAUCAGACGACCCAGAGGUCCUUAUCUGAUUUAGGAAAUUUCGUUAAAAAUCAAGAGCAGAUUAAUAAACAUAACGAUCUUCAGUUCAAAAGUCAGCAGUCCACACUUUUAGACCUUCAAAGGACAGUAGGUGAUAUAGCUAAGCAGUUACAAGAAUACACUCCUGGUCAGUUUUCGGGUAAUAGUCACACUAACCCGGCUCACCAUUCCGUAAAAGCAAUCACCACCUGUAGUGGAAAAAGUUUAGGAGAGGUAGUGAGAGAGAGGGUAGAGGUAGAGGAUGAAGAAGAGGUAGAUGAGGAGAUAGAGACGGAGUCUCCCGGUCAAGUGCAACAUAGGCUAGACCCAGCAAGUACCGCACACACCGGGGAGUUUCGAGUAGAGGAGAGCGUAGAGAAACAACCUGUUAGGGUUAGGCCAUCACCCUUAGUGGAUCAUUCUCAUGCCCCAUUUCCCGCUCGCCUUAAGCAUCAGAAAUAUGCUAAGGAAUAUGGGAAAUUUCUUGAAAUGUUUAAACAAUUAAAAGUUAAUCUUCCUUUCAUAGAAGCCCUACAGUCCAUGCCCAAAUACGCCAAGUUUCUUAAGGAAUUUCUCAAGCGUAAGGAUAGGGUAGAUGAGUUUUCUAACACUCCAUUGAAUGGAGAUUGUUCUGCGGUGAUCUUGAACAAACUUCCUGAGAAACUCACUGACCCGGGCAUAUUCACGAUCCCAUGUUUGUUCGGUGGUGACGUUCAAAACCACGCAUUGGCAGACCUUGGUGCUAGUAUUAAUUUGAUGCCAUAA